AUGCUAGCCACGACAGUCGUCGAGGUCCCCACACACCUCGACCUCAUUCCCUCCAAUGACACAGUUUCUACAAAGACACAGCUCACCUUUCAUCCCGACCCAAGCCCUAUCCUCCCCACCAAAGCCGACGACAAUCUCCGCAACGAACCACCAAUAUGCUCCACACGAGCCCGCCUAAAGGCAGAGCAAAUAAUGGACAUCGUCGAGGGAUAUGGCUCUCAUCAGCGCACAACAGCAGCAGGGGAAUGGCUGGGACGAUCGUCAUUCACGCCUCUCGUACAGACACAUGUGGCAGCCGACAGGGCCAUUCCCAUGGUUUUGCCUGCUUUUCCAAUGAAGAGUAAUAACCGCAUGAGCAAGGUAAUAGGUGCGCUACCUGAUCUGUCCGAGGAGCUUGGGCUGGCGCGAUUGGUGAACCUAUGUCAGGAUAUAAAGGCCGUCUAUCUGCCCGGUGCUGUUGUGGUUAUCGUUACGGAUGGGAUUUGCUAUAAUGAUCUUACGGGGAACUCAGAUGAAGAAGUCUGGGAAUAUGGGAAUCGAUUGCGGAAGAUGGUUGCUGGAAAGGGAUAUGCUUGUAUCCGAUUCUGUCGCAUUAUGAAUAUGCUGGGUCUCUAUACUGGAGCAGAUAUCUCUAAGGCGGAAUAUGUGAAGCUUUGUGAUUUAUCGCGAGCAGAACUGCAUCGACGGUGUGGACAAACUGGAUUUGAUGUCAAUCGGUUAUUGAAAACCGAUGAAGACUAUCUUCGGACAUAUAACGGAUACAUCAAGUUCUUGAAAGUUGACCUAAAAUUCAGCCCAGUCACCAAAGGAUACGAUACCCCAAAGCAAUAUGACAAGAGAAUCAAGACGAUUGCAAAGAAAAUGAUCAUUCGAGGCGUGGAAUUUGCAACGCUUGUACGCCAAAUCUACCCUGACUCACUUCGUCUCUCUAUCCAUCCGUCCUCGGGACAGACCAAGCUAUCCUGUCCACUCAUUCCACAGAGAGACUCCUUCUCCAUGAGUCCCUGGCAUUGUAGCGUGGCUGUGACAGUUGACGGGACAUUCAUCACGGCUCACAAGGCCUCGCAUCGGGAGAAAUAUGAGCCGAUUGAAAAGGAUGGUCGGCCAUAUUUCUUUCGUGAGAGGUCUGCGCUUUUCGAUUGGGAUGCCUCGGUUGAAUUUUCGCAUCAAUAUCAGCAGAAACUGGAGAUUAGGGGUCGUAUUCGGGGGGAAGAACUCUCUGACGCUGAUUUGGACAAGUUGGCUUUGUUGGCCAUCCGACACAAGAGUGUGACGUUUAUGCCUACAUAA